AUGGCAGAUGCAGCUCAAGCUCAGAUAUCGCGGGGCGCCUUGAACGCUAUCUUCAACGACCCUGAUAAUGUCGCGAGAAAUUUUCCCGUACCAAUUUGCCAAUGCGUCCAGAUAAAAGCCUUGGGAUCUACAGGCGAGAACCCUUCAGAGCGAUACCGUCUCGUUCUGAGUGACGUGGACAACUUUGUUCAGAGCAUGCUUGCCACUCAGGCGAAUCAUGUUGUACACGACGGAAAGUUGAAGAAGGGAUCGAUCGUUCGACUCAAGUCAUGGCAGGCGAACGAGGUCAAGGGCAAAAGAAUCCUCAUCGUUCUGGACCUUGAAGUUAUUGAAAGCUUAGGCGAACUCGAAAAAAUUGGAGACCCCGUGGCUCUACCAGCGCGAGACGAAGAGGCAAAGCCGGUCAACACAACUAUUGGCGGGACCAGAUUUUAUGGGAACGACAAACCCCAGCCGGCUGCCCCUCGGGCGGCCUCGCGCACUGUGCCAACGAGCUCAGCAUCGGGAAGUCACGGCACAAUCCAUCCUAUUGAAGCUCUUUCGCCCUACGGCCACAAGUGGACAAUCAAAGCUCGCGUCACCAAUAAAUCAGAAAUCAGAACCUGGCACAAGGCGAGCAGCGAAGGAAAAUUAUUCAGUGUCAAUCUUCUGGAUGAAAGUGGGGAGAUUAAAGCUACUGGCUUCAACAAUGAAUGUGAUGCGCUGUAUGACGUAUUUCAGGAAGGCUCCGUCUACUACAUUUCGACUCCAUGUCGAGUGCAAUUAGCAAGGAAGCAGUUCUCUAAUAUACCCAACGACUAUGAGCUUACCUUCGAAAAGGAUACAUUGGUCGAAAAGGCGGAAGACCAAGAGAACGUCCCUCAGGUUCGAUACAACUUCACAACCAUCGGCCAACUUCAGGAUAUCGAUAAGGAUUCAACAAUUGAUGUUAUCGGGGUGCUUAAAGAGGUUGCCGAGGUCAAUCAAAUUGAAUCCAAGUCCACAGGAAAGGGAUAUGAUAAGCGUGACUUGACCCUGGUGGAUGAUAGCGGCUUUUCUGUCAGACUGACGAUAUGGGGCAAGACUGCAACGGCUUUUGACACGAAUCCCGAAUCCAUAGUUGCGUUUAAGGGCGCAAAAGUCUCCGAUUUCAAUGGUCGAAGUCUCAGUUUACUGUCCUCAGGGUCCAUGUCCCUCGACCCGGAUAUCCCAGAAGCUCAUAAGUUAAAGGGAUGGUAUGACUCUCAGGGCCGAAGUGAGAGCUUCGCAACACACACAAACAUGGCCAGCGCGGGCGCAGCUGGAGGUCGCCAAGAUCAAACAAAGACUAUCUCUCAAGUGCGAGACGAAAACCUCGGAAUGUCUGAGAAGGAUGAUUACUUCUCUGUCAAGGCUACUAUUGUUUUCAUCAAACAAGACUCGAUAUCAUAUCCUGCUUGUCUAAGCGAGAAUUGUAACAAGAAAGUCACGGAGCUGCCGGAUGGUACCUGGCGUUGCGAGAAGUGCGAGAUAGCUCAUCCUAGGCCGCAGCACCGCUAUAUCAUGACGCUGAACGUUGCCGAUCAUACUGGCCAGUUGUAUUUGAGUUGCUUUGAUGACGUUGGCCGUCUGGUAAUGGGCAUGGAUGCGGAUCAAUUGAACGAGCUAAAGGAGAAUGACGCCGAGGGUGCGCAGAAAGCUUUUGAUGAUGCCAAUUGCAAGACCCUAUUCUUCAGAUGCAGAGCUAGGAUGGACACUUACAAUGAUCAGCAGAGGGUUCGAUACCAAGUGCUUAGCGCCGCACCUAUUGACUUCAAAUCAGAGGCGCGGAAGCUUACGGAGCUCAUUAAGCUGUACAACAUUGACUAA